CUGUGAAUGGUAAAUUAUAAGCCCUUUGCAUUGCUUCGAUGUCUGAACCGGCUGAAAAUGAAAUUGUUAUCCCUAAUUACAGACUGUCCAUCAACAUAACCGCAACUAGCGAACGCAACUGAGAGGGAGAGAAGGCAAGGCGGAGAGGGAGAGGGAGAGGGAGAGAGAGAGAGAGAUCAUUGGGAGAAGAAUGGAGGCGGAUGGAGAGGGUAAAAGCGUCGCCACGGAGGCCUCCGGUGGUGCUGUGGAAGGACGAGAAGAGAAUGGUGGAGGAGGUGAGAGCGUGAAGCUUUUCGUGGGUCAGGUGCCGAAGGGCAUGACGGAGGAGCAGCUACUUGCAAUGUUCAAGGAGGUGGCCCUUAUUGACGAAGUCAAUAUCAUCAAGGACAAAGUUACCAAGGCCUCUCGAGGUUGCUGCUUCCUGUUCUGCCCUUCUAGGCAGGAAGCGGACAAGGCAGUCAAUGCCUGCCACAAUAAAAGAACGUUACCUGGAGCUUCAAGUCCUUUGCAAGUAAAGUAUGCAGAUGGCGAGUUGGAAAGACUAGAGCAUAAACUUUUCAUUGGUAUGUUGCCAAAGAAUGUAACAGAUGAUGAUGUUACUGCGUUGUUUUCCAAGUAUGGUAAUGUAAAAGAUUUGCAGAUCCUUAGGGGUUCUCAACAGACAAGUAAAGGUUGUGCCUUUCUUAAAUAUGAAACCAAAGAACAAGCCUUAGCAGCUCUUGAGGAUCUAAAUGGGAAGCAUAUGAUGGAGGGCUCAAAUAUACCUUUAGUUGUCAAGUGGGCUGACACUGAAAAAGAAAGGAAGGCCCGUAAGGCUCAAAAAGCUCAAUCUCAAGCUUCCAGUGUUCCUCAUAUGAACUCAUUACAACAAUCGUCAUUGUUUGGAGCGCUACCAAUGGGGUAUAUUUCUCCAUACAAUGGAUUCAGCUAUCAGGCGCCGGGAACUUAUGGGCUUAUGCAGUACCCUUUAGCUUCAAUGCAGAAUCAAACUGCAUUCCAUAAUCUGAUUUCGCCCGUUAGUCAAGGAAAUGCAUUACGUGGGACCAAUCAAGAUCUCUCCCCAAGCACGGUACCUAGGAAUUUUACAUCAAUGCAAUCUGCUGGUUAUGUUGGCGCUGGUUAUCCAGGUGUUCCUGGUCUUCAGUAUCCUCUUACCUAUCAAAGUGGGAUAAUGAGUCACAGGCCUCCGAACAAUUCUCAUAACCCCAAUCAACCUCUGAAUGGGAAUAAUAUUUCGGCACCUUCUUCCAGCCACAGUUCUAGUUCUGGAGGACAGAUCGAAGGUCCUCCUGGAGCUAAUUUGUUUAUUUAUCAUAUUCCCCAAGAAUAUGGAGAUCAAGAGCUUUCAAGCGCUUUUCAGGGAUUUGGUAGGGUCUUAAGUGCUAAGGUCUACGUUGACAAGGCAACGGGUGCUAGCAAGUGCUUUGGUUUUGUAAGUUUUGAUUCGCCAGAAGCUGCACAAACUGCUAUUGAUGUUAUGAACGGUUUCCAAUUGGGUGGUAAGAAGUUGAAGGUGCAGCUCAAGAGAGAUAAUAAACAGAGUAAGCCUUACUGACUGUUACUUGCGAGGAAAGCUUUCGGCCAUAAGACGGUAAAUAUGAUGAUGGAAAAAAGAAAAAUGAUGAUCUUGUAAUUGUUCCAUCGCAUCCGGGGCUGGAUCUCAUGGCCAUAUAGCACAGAACAUACGAUGGUGGAAGAAAAUUGAUGGUUUCAUGAUUGUUCCAUCUCUUGAGGUCUCAAACUGGAAACUGUUAGCGCCAUUAGAUUCAUUACUAGAUUCAAAUUCUUUGAAAUUUGUUCUCAUUAAUGCAUUAUCUUGCACAUUAUCUUGUAAUUUAUGUAUAAUUGAAAUUUAUUUAGAUGUCAGAAAUUAAAUUCAUUUUAUUGUUUAUGAAAAAUUUAAGAGCUGAUCAAUGACUGUUUGUUCCAAA